AAAUGACGGGAUUGAAGAGUAACAAAUAUUUGAUUAUUUCUCAUCCUUAAACCCCUAUAAAUAUGCUGCCGGGAGAAUGAUAACAAAGGCAUCAGAUAUUUUGCUUUAACACAAUCUACGCCUCGAUCUUAAUCUCUGCACCGACAGAUAUAAAGCAUGAAUAUUGAGGUGAUGGAGAAGAAGCUGUACGAUGCAUGUUUGGAAGGAGACGUGGAGAUGUUGAAGGAGUUGAUGAGAAAAGAUGGCCUCAUUCUUGCUCAGCUUUCGAUAUCUUCUUGCUUUAACCAAACACCCCUGCACUUAGCUUCCAUGCUAGGUCACUUUGAAUUUGCUAAAGCUCUUCUCUCUUAUAAGCCUGAUUUUGCAAGUAGGUUGGAUUCACAAGACCGUUCUCCUCUUCAUGUGGCAUCUGCUAAUGGAUAUGCGAAUAUUGUUAAACUAUUGUUGGAGUAUGAUCAGGAAAUGUGCCGAGUUCAUGAUGAGGAUGGAAGGACUCCUCUCCAUUUGGCUGUCAUGAACGGUCAAUUUGAGUCUGUUAUUGAGUUGAUGAAAAUCAACUCGUUUGAUGAUGAAGAGACAGUAUUUCACUUGUGUGUUACUUAUAAUCGUUUAAAUCUACUGAUUCGUUUAUUAGAGCUGAAUUUCCAUGAUCUAUCGAACAUGAAAGAUGGCAAUGGAGACACUGUUUUACACACUGCAGCAGCCUUGAAGCGAAUGCAGAUGAUGAAGUACCUGGUCAAGAGUAGACAUAAAGUGGAUGUGAAUGCCCGGAAUAAAAAUGGUCUCACAGCUUUGGACAUAGUAGAGCAGAUGCCGAAAGAUCUGAAAACCCUGGAAAUUAAGGAGCUUCUCAUCUCAGCUAAUCCUUCGAGGGUUCAUGAGCAUGCUGCACUCACGGUGACUACCACAGUAGCUGGUGAUAAAGACAUAAUAAUCAAACCGCAAAAGAAGUUGUGGAAUCGGCUAAAAACGUUCACCAUUUUCCAAGAGAUAUCUGCAAAAAGAGAGGAGACCCCGAAGGUAGAGUCGCUCGAGUACGUCCUGCUAGCAGCCUCUGUCAUAGCUGCCAUGUCUUACCAGGCAGCCACUAACCCUCCCGGUGGAAUCGCUGGAGUGGAUGCUACAGACAAUGUAGCCCCUGUUUUAGGACAAAUUCAUCUCGAACCUGCUGAUUCACUUCUAGCCUUCUUCUACCCAACACUGAGUGGUGCGUUUUGGGUAACCAACACGAUCUCGUUUGUGGCUUCUCUAAGUAUCAUCUUUCUCUACGUGACUGGCGCAACUCUGAAAAAGAAGAUCUUUAUUUGGCUCAUACGGGGAGCCAUGUGGAUAACUCUCACAGCAAUGAGUGUGGCCUAUUUCUGUGCAGUUUGGGCCACCAACCCACGGGACGACAGUAGGCAUGACAAUACAUUCCUUGCUACCCUUUGUGGAUUAAUUAUAUGGGGGGGAUUGGUGCUCGUAUCCGUUUCAGUUGUUAGUUUUCGUGCUCUUCUCUAUAUUAUCAGGCCAACUAAGAAUUUAAAUUUAUAAUAUUUGUAAUAAAAUAUAUAUAUUUGUAAUGUUUAAAUAUAAUCAUAUUUGACCGCUUAAUCUGUUUAAU